UGUCAUUACAAUUUUAUCCGAAAAAUGGCCUCAUCUUUCAGUUGGGAUUGGGGACCGGCGUUUCCAACGGAAGGCAUUUGGAAACCCAUUGGAAUCGAAGCCUUCGAUAAACUCGUGAUUAGAGACAUAACAGUCGAGACAACUCCUAACCAGAGAAACAACUCUUUCUGGGAUUUAACGGUUCAUAUAAAGAUGGAGUCGGCGCCCAAUCAAGAGUUUGAGGGCAUAUUUGACAUCAAAUUAGAUAAUAAUGUUAUUAUAAACAAAGAUAAACUUAAAUUUAAAACUGAUGGGCAGGGAUAUGCUGGCGUGGCCUUUAUAAUCCUUCUCCGUAACAUCAAAAUCACGCCCUGGUAUCCAAAUGGAGUGGCAGACAAUACACAGAAGUUGUAUGAUCUGAAUGUCGAGCUAUCGUUUGCCGACAGUAAGGAGGUUUCGACACAAACCAAGAAAAUUGGUUUCCGAACCAUAAAACUGAUCCAAAAUCCAGUCAAACCGGAAGGCCUUACCUUUUACUUUGAGGUGAACUCCAAGCCCUUCUUCGCG